AUGGGGCCAGCACCUGCCGAGCCGUCGGGGUUGCCCCCAAAGCAACGCAAACUUAAGACAUACCAAGUUCUUGGCGAUGUAAACGAAUACCAAGAGCGUCUGGCAACUACCCUGCCACCACCAAAAGCGCCCCCGCCUCCGAAUGUCUUCACGAUACAAGAUACCAGCGAGUUUCCGCCAGAAAUUUGGUUUGCUGCAACUAUCUCGCCAGACAAUGGAGUUUCAGUCAUCGCAUCCUUCAGGGAGCUGUCAAAAGCCAGGGCCCUAUACCAGCAACAACUCAACAACAUCUACACUGCACGGAAACUGAGCAAUAUAUCCUCCUCGCUACAGCCGCUCGCGCCGUUCAACUCCCAACUGAGCGCCGGUAGCAGCGGCGGCAACGCGAUUGCCGGCGGCGGCGGCACCGGCAGCGGAGGCCUGCCUGCAGGCCCUGGGGCCCCUCCUUUUGCCUCCCCCCCCAGCGGCGGCCCUUCCUCCUCCUUCUACACUUCCGCGUACACAUCGGGCGAGCCCCCCGUCCACCGCACCAUCACGGAGACGGUGCGAUUGGGCGCGGAGACACGGCGGCUGGGCAAGUUUGAGCUGCAGCAGCAGAAGUGGGACGAGGUGACGGCGGUGCUGGCGUCUAAGAUCGGCAGACCGCCUCAGGAACUCGCCAUGCAGCGAGGCCCCGCCUGGCGUACCCGUGCCGAGCUGACUGAGCUGCUGUACCGGGCACAACCCCGUGACGCCCGGGGAUUGAACCCGGAUGAGCUGACACCGGGGGGGCUUGUGGUGCAGCAGCAGCAACAGCAGGGGUCGGUAGCGACUGGCGGCAGUUACAACGGUAUUAACGGUGCUGGUAGUUUGCUUGGAAAGCCGGUGGUUGGCAGGUCGUUGUCAGCUCGUGGGAGGAGCUGGGAGGAUUCGGAGCUGCUGCGCCAGCGUGUGGCGGAGUACGGCACUCGUCUUCGCGCGUUGGCGCCCCACGACCCCGACUUUGGUUCGUUGGUAGUUGCUGGUGAGGCGUUGGAGGGGCAGUUGGAGGCGCUGGCCACCGCCCCCAUCCGGCUGGCCGAGGUGGAGGUGCACAUGCGCGCCCACCACCCAGAGGCGUUCGAGGCGUAUAAAGCUGUCAAAGAUGAAAUGGAGGCGCAGUUCCGUGCGGCGCUCGAGGCGGAAGAGGCUCAGCGAGCCGCCGCCGAGGCCGCCGCCGCCGCCGCCGGCCCCCAACCGGGCCCCCACAUCACGGCCAGCACCCGCCACCUCACUCUUAGCUGUCACGUGGGGGAACGGUCCCAUGGGUCGGUCACACUUUCUUGCAGCGGUACGGCGGCGGUUUGGUGGCGCUGGGAGGCGCGACCCGACCCCCAGCCGACCCAUUCCGCGGCGGAGUCCGGCACGCUGCUUCCCGGCCAAUCCCUGGAGCUGUCCAUCACCUUUAUGGGCUCAGCUGCCGGAACCUUUCGGGAGACCUGGCAGCUCGUCACCACGCCGCCGCUGCAGGGCCCAGAUGGCCCGGUCCUGACUCUUCACCUCCGCGGUCUGGCCGAGCUCCGAGACCAGUCCGCCACUGGACGAGCAACCAUUACGGCCACCCUGGCGCAACGGGAGAAGAUGGCCAAGGUGGCGGCGGCGGUGGAGCGUGUACUGCGGGAUGUACGGAUGCCGCGACGGCCGCAACCGACGGAGGUGGCGGAGGAGACGGCGGCAGCGGACGCGUGGGACCUUGCGAAUGGGUGCUCGGCCGACGGAGGGCCUUAUGCGUGGCCGCCGCUGUUUUACUCUUCUGCUAUACGGCCCCGUGUGGGUACGGCAGAACGUCAGCGGAAGAAGCCUGUAGAGGAGCCCCCACCGCCGCCCCCCAAGUACCCCCCCAUGUGGGACGGAGCCAAUAUCGCGGUACUCGACGCGCUGCUGGCGGAGCUGGCCACCGUCGCGCCGGCGGCGGCGACGCCGCUGCUCGCACGUGCAGACGCCGCCAAGGCGCGCGCGCGCGUGCCGCCAAACGGCCGUCGGCUGCUUCGCCGCGCGAUGCGGUCACUGGUAUUGAAGAUGGCGGACGCGGUGGAGGAUAAGUUGGGGGUUGUGAGGGCGGAUUUGGAGGCGAAGGCGGCGGCGGAGGCCGCCGCCGCCGCGGCGGCUGCUGCGGAGGAUGCGGCGGAAGGACAUGAGCUGAUUGGCGGGGAGGGCAGUAUGUUGUCGGUUGGUACGACAGCGACGGCGGCAGGCGGCGGGGGAGCACAUGGGAAGAAGGAGAAGGGCGGGAAGGAUAAGAAGGCCGGGAGCAAGGGCGGUGCGAAGGGAAGCGGCGGCGGCGCGCAUGGCGGUGCGGUGGGCGAACAUGGCGGCGGCGCCGCCGCGGCCGCCGCUGCUGCCGCGGCCGCCGUCGCGGCGGCUGCGGCCGCUGACCCGCUGUCCUUGCCAGGCUUCCAUGACAAGGCUAUGUCGGGCGCAAAGUCCGUUGUCAAGCCUCAAGAUGCAGGGAGCGGCCCCACCGCCACGGCUGCGGCGGCGGCUGCGGCGGCUGCAGCAGUGGGUGGGGUACGUGCCGAUUGGUACGUCCCACCCGCGGGUGGUGUGCCGGCGCCUAAUCCCGGCGCCCCGGCGGCUGUUCGGUCGGCCACCCUGGAGCAGCUGUACUGGGACCGACUGUGUGUGCUGAGGACCUGGACGGCGCUGGGGAUACCCAACAGAGCGGAUAUUAGGUAG